CAAAUAGUCUAGCAUCCUCCCCUUCCCAUUUCCCCUCUUCAUUCUCUACCCCUCCAUCUCUCUUCUUUUUUUUUUUUAAAUACCCAAAACAACAACCUUCUCAACCGUCAACAUGGUUCAGCAAAUCCCCAAGGCCAACCACAUCCUCGACCUCCUCAGCCUCAAGGGCAAGGUCGUCGUCGUCACCGGCGCCUCCGGACCCCGCGGCAUGGGCAUCGAGGCUGCCCGUGGUGCUGCUGAGAUGGGCGCCGACGUCGCCAUCACCUACGCUUCCCGCAAGGAGGGCGCCGAGAAGAAUGUCGAGGAGCUCACCAAGGAGUACGGCGUCAAGGCCAAGGCCUACAAGCUCAACGCUGCCGACUACAACGACGUUGAGCGAUUUGUCGGAGAGGUUGUCAAGGACUUUGGCAAGAUUGACGGUUUCGUCGCCAACGCUGGUGCUACCGCCAACGCUGGUGUCAUCGACGGCUCUGCUGCCGACUGGGACCACGUUAUCCAGAUCGACCUCAACGGCACCGCCUACUGCGCCAAGGCCGUUGGCGCUCUCUUCAAGAAGCAGGGCCACGGCUCCUUCGUCAUCACCUCCUCCAUGUCCGGCCACAUCGCCAACUACCCUCAAGAGCAGACCUCUUACAACGUCGCCAAGGCUGGCUGCAUCCACAUGGCGCGAUCUCUCGCCAACGAGUGGCGCGACUUUGCCCGUGUCAACAGCAUCUCCCCCGGAUACAUCGACACUGGCCUCUCCGACUUCAUCGACGCCGAGACCCAGGAGCUCUGGAGGAGCAUGAUCCCCAUGGGCCGCAACGGCGAUGCCAAGGAGCUCAAGGCUGCCUAUGUCUACUUCUUGUCUGAUGCUAGCACUUACACUACUGGCUCUGACCUUGUCAUUGACGGUGGAUACACUUGCCGAUAAAUGGCUCAUGGUCUUAAUGAUGUUGACGAUACCAAACAAACAUAGUAAAAGUAAAUAAAUAUAAUGAAUGACACAA